GUCAUGUUGUGAAACGCACCUCUUCCACUGUGCAAAACGUGGUUGGUUCUUACAGAAUACAGGAAUCGGCAAAAUGAGCAGAUUUGUAGCGCGAUGUUUGCUGUCCGGCCUGCUCCGAGGUCCCGCACACCCACAGACACAACCUGCCCGCUUUCUGAGCUUGGCAAGGCCUGUACUGUCUUUCAAAGAUGUGAGCUCGUACAGCCUUAGAAGUCACACCUGUGGUGAGCUGAGAGCAGUGCAUGCUGGGGAGGAUGUGACUCUGUGCGGAUGGGUUCAAUUUCAGAGAAAACAGCUAUUUGUAACCCUGAGAGACUCCUAUGGAGUCAUACAGCUGGUCCUGCCACAAGACAAGAAGCAUGCAGACAUGAAGCAGACCUUGGCCCACCUGCCCCCAGAGUCGGUGGUUUGUGUCCAGGGGAUCGUUCAGCUCAGGCCCAUCGGGGAGGCAAACAAGGCCAUGUCUACAGGAGAUGUGGAGGUGGCAGUGAGUAAGGUGGAGAUGGUCAACAAAAGUAAAUCCCUACCAUUCCAGAUCAGGGACUUCUUCCAGGUAAAUGAACACCUGAGACUGAAGCACAGGUACCUGGACCUGAGAGGAUCCCAGCUGCAGCACAACCUCAGGCUCAGGUCACAGGUCAUCAUGAAGAUGAGGGAGUUCCUCAUCAAUGUCCACGGAUUUGUUGAUGUGGAGACCCCAACAUUAUUCCGCAGGACUCCUGGGGGUGCCCGAGAGUUUGUGGUUCCUUCCCGAGAAAAGGGAAAGUUCUUCUGCCUUCCGCAGAGCCCUCAGCAGUUCAAGCAGCUUCUUAUGGUGGGAGGAGUGGACAGGUAUUUCCAGAUAGCCAAGUGCUACAGAGACGAGGACCUAAGACAGGACAGGCAGCCAGAAUUCACUCAGGUUGAUAUAGAGAUGUCCUUUGUUGACCAGAGGGGUGUUGAGCAGUUGAUAGAAGAGCUGCUGCAGCAUGCAUGGCCUGAUGGGAAGGGUGCUCUUACGCUGCCUUUUCCCAGAAUGCAGUACAAGGAUGCAAUGAAGAAGUAUGGCAGUGACAAACCUGACACCAGAUUUGGAAUGAAGUUAAAUGAUGUGAGUGACAUCAUGAGGUCAAGUGGGGUCACAGUGUUUGAGAGGUUACUCAAGGACAACUCAGGAAACACCAUCCAGGCCAUCAAUGCCAAACAGGCAGCUCCGCACAUGAAGAAUAAAGACAUAGAAAAGCUGCAGGAUCUGGCAAAACAGAUGAUGUCUAAGGGGCUGUCCAUACUGCAGAUAUUACCUGGAGGAGAGAUGAAGGGGGCAAUGGCCAAGCACAUCAGCUCCCCCUGUAGAAAUGCACUACUGCAGGAACUGCAGGCCGAGGAAGGGGACAUGCUGCUACUUGCUGGAGGGGAACACCUGAAAACUUGUGAACUUCUUGGAAGAAUACGAGUAGAAUGUGCCGACAUCUUAGAAACACAAGGUGUCCAACUCAGGGAUCCAGAUGUCUUCAACUUCCUGUGGAUAACCGACUUUCCUUUGUUUGUACCUAAGGAAGAUGGUUCAGGGUUGGAGUCUGCACACCACCCCUUUACGGCCCCCCACCCUGAUGACUUGGACCUGGUGUAUUCUCACCCACACAAGGUGCGCAGCCAGCAUUACGACCUGGUUCUGAACGGUAACGAGAUCGCGGGCGGUUCCAUCCGGAUCCACGAUGCUGAGGUACAGAGGUACAUCCUGGAGGAAGUCUUAAAGGAAGACGCAGCUGUUUUGCACCACCUCCUGGAGGCCCUGCAGUCUGGCUGUCCCCCACAUGGGGGCAUCGCUAUCGGUUUGGACCGGCUGAUGGCCAUCCUCUGCAAGGCUGACAGCAUCAGGGACGUCAUAGCCUUCCCCAAGUCCCAUGCAGGAUACGACCCCAUGAGCGGGGCUCCCUCACAACUGACUGACGCGGAACUGCAGCCCUUCCAUGUCAGAGUUCAAUCAGAGUCAUCCUGAGACUUUGAAGACCUAUUUUUCCAUUCAAGAAGAGUAGGCAGGGAUGGAGACAACUUUAUCUUCAGUUGGAAACCAACUAACACUCUUCUGCUACUUUGUACUUCUUCCUAAUGAUACUUCUGUUCUGUGUUCUCAUAAUGGUGAUUUUGCUGCAUUUCUGUCUAGAAGUAUAUUCAUGAAUAGAAUUUGAAGCAACCAUUUCAAGUCCCAACUAAAGAUACUUUUAUUGCAAGAUUGUAUACUGUACAAUAAAAUCACCACUCCUGUGUUUA